AUGCUACAAUCUCGUCGCAAUAUAUCCAACUUUUCUUCUUUAAACUUCUUUCAAAAGGAAUCGUUACCAACAAAUACAAUAAUUAAAUUUGUUCCCUCUGGUACUGCUUAUAUUGUUGAAAGAAUGGGUAAAUUCCAUAAAGUUUUACAACCAGGUCUUGCAUUUUUAUAUCCAUUUAUCGACAAAAUUAAAUAUGUUAAAUCCUUAAAGGAAAUGGCAAUUGAAAUUCCUUCUCAAUCCGCCAUCACUUCUGAUAACGUCACCUUAGAAAUGGAUGGUGUUCUAUAUAUCAAAAUCUUCAACCCCGAAAAGGCUAGUUAUGGUGUCGAAGAUGCAGAAUUUGCAAUCUCCCAAUUGGCUCAAACUACAAUGAGAUCAGAAAUUGGUCAAUUAACUUUAGAUCAUGUAUUAAAAGAAAGACAGUCUUUAAACAAUAAUAUCAACAUUUCAAUAAAUGAAGCCUCCAAAGAAUGGGGUAUUAAAUGCUUAAGAUAUGAAAUUAGAGAUAUUCAUCCUCCGCAAAACGUUUUACAAGCAAUGCACAGACAGGUCUCUGCUGAAAGAAGUAAAAGAGCUGAGAUCUUAGAAUCCGAAGGUCAAAGACAAUCUGCCAUCAAUAUAGCUGAAGGUUCUAAAAUUUCUUCAAUUUUGAACUCUGAAGCAAUUAAAAUGGAAAAUAUAAAUAAAGCUUCUGGUGAAGCCGAAGCUAUUCUUUUAAGAGCCAAAGCAACGUCAGAAGGUAUAAGACAAAUAGCCAAAGCCAUCCAAGAAACUCCUGGUGGUUCUGAUGCUGUCGCAUUACAAGUUGCUGAGCAGUACAUUAACGCUUUUAGUAAAUUAGCCAAAGAAUCAAACACCUUAGUCAUCCCUGCAAGUUUAGGUGAUAUGAGCUCUUGGGUGGCAAGUGGUUUAAGUAUUUACAAUGGUAUAUCCGGCAGCUUGAAUCCAAAACAAUCUGCUGAAAAACUAUUAAAUCAACUUGACCACAAAAAAACAACUAAAAAUGUAAAUGAUAAUUCAAUUGAAAAUAAUCAAUUCCAAAAUAAUGAUCAACAAAAUAUUCAAUAA